CACGAGAAUACUCUCAUCCUAUUGGUCCAUCGCGUCAAUCCGGGUUCCAGCGUAAAGCCCGUUUAGUAUCGGAAAGGUACCAAUAUGGCGGAGGCUUCCUUGGGAAGUACAAGUCCAGUUGGCUCUUUGUCAUCAGAGGAUCACGACUUUGACCCAACAGCAGACAUGUUGGUCCAUGAUUAUGAUGAUGAGCAUACUUUAGAGGAGGAAGAGAUGCGGGAAGGAGAGUCAAAUGUGAGUUCGGAGAUAGCAGAUCUGGAGAAGGAGGGGAACAUGCCACUGGAGGAGCUUUUGGCCUUGUAUAGGUAUGAACCAUCAGUCAGCACUGUUGGUGGUUCGAGUGCGGACAGCUCCUCUGUGGAACUAACAGAUGAGUUACCUGACAUGACGUUAGACAAAGAGGAGAUUGCUAAAGAUCUGCUGUCUGGAGAUGAUGAAGAAACCCAGUCUUCUGCUGAUGAUCUCACACCAUCAGUGACCUCGCAUGAAACCUCUGAUUUCUUCCCCAGAACUCUUCGCUCAAACACUGUUUAUGAUGGUGACAAAGAGUCUGAAGGUGAGGAGGAUGGCCUGAACACUGAGGACUCUCGAAAGGAAAUCAUGGUUGGAUCUCAGUACCAAGCUGAAAUUCCCUCCCUUACCUGCUAUGAUGAGCUUGAGAAGGUAUAUGAGGACGAAGAUCAAUUACUGUGGAAACCAAAUGUAUUACCGGAGUCAAAAGUGAAAGAUUUCUUGCAAGAGGCAUCCCUGUCAAGUACUGAUGGAGAGUGUCUGGUUAGAGACAACGAACAGGCCCUGUACGAGCUGGUUAAGUGCAACUACAAUGUCCAUGAAGCUCUCGAACGGUAUCGCAGCAGUGAAAAAUCUUCAAAGGACGAAAUGCAUCCCUGGUCUGAAGAAGAAUGCCGAAACUUUGAACAUGCUCUUCUUUUAUAUGAGAAGAACUUCCACCUCAUUCAGAAGCACAAAGUUAAUACAAGGACUGUGGCAGAAUGUGUUGCGUUUUACUACAUGUGGAAAAAGUCAGAACGGUUUGACUUCUUUGUCCAGCAAAAUCGAUUUGGGAAAAAGAAGUACAGCAGCUACCCUGGCGUAACGGACCUGAUGGAUCGACUGGUGGAUGAAGCAGAGGGUCUGGUAGAUGGCUCGGGCUCCAUCUGCUCCAGCAGCAGUGGCAGGAUAGAGCCCUCAGCUGACCAGCAGCUCAACAUCUUGAACUCAAUCACUGCCAGCGACCUCUCCGCACUAACCAGCAGCGUGGCAUCAGUGUGCAACCCUGGCGAUGUGAGCUGCCUGGACUCCUACAACUUCUCACCUCUGGAUGGCCUCCACCGUGGACCCUUGGUCCACGAUGAGCCCCUCAGUUUCUCCAGCAACGGAGAUAGCGACUGCCUCAAUCUAUUAGACUCCGGUUUCUACCAUUCUGACCUCGGGCAGCUCAACGUGUGCAGUGACGACUGCGAGAGGCCACCAGCCAAGAGACUGAAGAUGGGCCUGUCCGAGCCCUUCCUGAACGAGGUGGCCAUGGGCAGCCGCAGCAUGGGCGUGGACUUCGAGGGCCGCACACACCACAUCACCAGUGCCAAAAUGGCCGUUUCCGUCACUGACUUCGGCAGCCUUUCAGCCAGCGAGGCUGGUAGCUACAUGGGAAGCCACACACUACAUCAGCACACGGCACUGCAGUCUGAGUAACUGUUCACAAAACAAAAAUGCCUCCCUCCGGUUCGAUGGGACCACUUGCGGUCGAACCAUGUACAUAGCCGCUCACUGGAAAUUCUAUUUCUUUUUGUUGUUGUUUUUGUUAAUUAAUUAUGUAUAUUUGCGUGUAUAUAUGUACAGAUUCCUUUUUUUACUCUGACAUCAGUGAUGUCUUAUUGUACAGACCUUAAUCUUGAGUUCUCAAGAGUUAAUACAGCCAUUUAUUUUCAGUCCGGAAUAUUUUGGAAAGUGUCAUAUGUAUCCUGUCCGAAUACUGUGGAAGCUGAACUUGUGGUAUGGAGUGAAGGGUCUGGACUUUCACUUCACGUCAGUAGUUUCCCACAAGAGUCGCAGAACUUUCAGUAUCAUACAUAGCCUCCCCCAUUUUUAUCAGUGAUGGGGUGUCUCUGCCACAACAGUCUGUUGGUACUCAGCGUUGUUGACCGGUACCUACACCUCUACUUACAUAGCUUUCAUGCGAUGACUCCAAAUGUUUGGAAAUUCUUUUAAGAUCAGAAGACUUUUUGUAUAUGGAGCCAUUGUGCAUCCUAAAGGAGACUCGCAGGCACCAGGGCAUGUUCAUCAUAAUCAAUACAUUUAAGCGGCUGUGCAAUUAAGGCUUUAGUCACUCUGAUUUGACAAGGGAAAAUACUACAGUUCAUAAGAAAUGCCUCCUUUUUAUAUAUGGUCAGUUGAGCUUUACUGUAGCUGCAACAAAGAUUUGUAGAUUUCUAUAAAUGAACAGUAAUUAUGAUCACCAACCCCCAAAUCCCUUAAAAGAAAGGAAGACACUGCGAAAAAGAGUGUAAUACAUGUUUUUGUAACUUUUUAUUUAUUUGUGCUCUUUAUAUGCUCCCUUUUUGCAAUUCUGUUUGUAGGCAAAUGGUUGUUGAUUUUUGGGGGGUAUUUAUUGCUAUAAAGACCAUUGGACUGCACUUUGGUCACUACAGAGCAAAUAUUAGCUGUACUCUAAGAUCCUCUUUUUGAAAACGAGGAGAAUUUUGACGUUUUACUGGCACAUUUCUGUGUUUCGAUGUGUUAUGAGACCAGUUGUUCUGUCCUUCGUUUCGUUCCCUAGAGUGAAUCUUUAUUUGAAGUAUAAUUGUUUGCAUGGGUAUCUUUUUGGCAAGCUUACGAUAAGUAGUUGCAGGCAUUAAUUGGGACGUUUGUAGUCAAUUAGCACACCCAUGUUUGAUAAACGAUUAUGUGUAUAUAUAUCCAUAUUGACUGCAUCAUGUGGCCCCCCAGACCCUUGUUCUCACUGCCAGGUUUUGUUUCGAGAAGUGGUAGGGAGGGUCGGACCGCUCAAGACAGAAAAAUCAGCUCUGUAUCUAAAUGAUCCACAAAGGGAAGCGGCUGUCGACCUAAAUUUAUCUAUGCAUUUAUUAUAGUAAUUUCAGCCCGUGGUUAUUAUUGACCUUAUUCGAACCCACGAGACUGACCAAUUCAAGUAAUGUAAAUCUUGGAGUGACUUGUUUUAAUUGGUCGGGUUUACACUAAGAACAGACGGGUUUCCAGAUAAAACACCCUGUUUAGCCCUCAUUUGGUGAGCUCUGUUCUUAAUUUCCCUUACUGACAUGAUCCAAGUAUAUUUACCUCAAUAUGGCUUUUCUUUGUGAACUCUUAUGUACUCUCAUAUGGCAAUAAUUUGUAAAUAUGUACAGACACCAACAUAACCUUCCCACUUUCUCUUCCUUGGCAAACAGACUUGAACUUGAAAACUUUGAAAUCUGUGCUUUUGAGUCUGUAACUUAAGUAUUCCACAGAAAUGCCUUGCUUUACAGUUUAGCUGAUUUUAUAUAUA